CGGUGUCGCUUUACGGCCGCAUCGCGGCGGUGUCGCGCGGAGCACCGGGAUCGCCUCAGGCCGCCAUGGACGCCCGUUUCACGCGCGGCAAGUCCCCGGUGCUGGAGCGCGCGCUGGGCCGGCCCCGCUCCGAGCUGUCGCUGGCCGCCUUCGCGCUGCUCUUCUCGGAGCUGGUGCAGUACUGCCAGCGCCGCGUGGCCUCGGUGGCCGAGCUCCAGGCCCGCCUGGCCCAGCUGGGCCACCACGUGGGCCUGCGAGCCCUGGACGCGCUGGUGGCCCGCGAGAGGCCCGGCAGGCGCGAGACCAAAGUGCUGGGGGUGCUGCUGUUCGUGAAGGGGCCGCUGUGGCGGGCGCUGUUCGGGCGCGAGGCCGACAAGCUGGAGCAGGCCAACGACGACGAGCGCACGUUCUACGUGAUCGAGAGGGAGCCCGUGGUGAACACGUUCGUGUCGGUGCCGCGCGAGAACAGCUCGCUGAACUGCGCCGCCUUCGCCGCCGGGCUGCUGGAGGCCGUGCUGGGCGCCGCCGGCUUCCCCGCCCGCGUCAGCGCCCACUGGCACAAGGGCACCACGCUCAUGAUCAAGUUCGACGAGGCCGUGAUCGCGCGGGACAAGAGCCUGGAGGGACGCUGAGAUGAGGGGGGGACGGCGUGGGGACGGCCUGGAGAGGGAUGGGGACAACC